CUUCUGUCUCUGUUACUCUCUGUCUCUCGCUUUUCGAUCGACAAUGGGUGAUCCGACUCAUCUCGAGCAGAUGGGCAAAGAACUCAAGUGUCCAAUUUGUUGGAGUUUACUGGAUUCUGCAGUUUCUCUUACAUGCAAUCAUGUAUUCUGCAACUCAUGUAUUGUGAAAUCAAUGAAAUCAGGUUCUAGUUGCCCCGUGUGUAAACUGCCCUUCCGGCGUAGAGAGAUUCGCGCUGCUCCUCAUAUGGAUAGCUUGGUGAGUAUCUACAAAAGCAUGGAAGUUUCUUCGGGAGUUAACAUAUUCGUCACUCAGAACGUACCUGGUGCAAAAUUAUCAGAUGGAGAAAAGCAAUGUGAUGGUGAUACCAAUUGUGGGGAUAAGGUUGCUGGUGAUACUUAUCAAAAUCAUUCAGAGACGCGACAGAAACGCAAAAGGAAGGGAUCGAGGAAAGAGACUGAGGCCAACAAGAAGAAUUCUGGUGCUGACUCUGUAAAACCUACCUUUCCAGCAAAGAAAAGGGUUCAAGUGCCACAAAGUCCUCUUUCAAAAACUCCAUUUAAGAAUGCAGGGCUUGAGCCUUCUCCAAGUGAAAUUAUCAAAAAGGGAAGGAAAGAGGGUUUGGCCACGUCAAAUGGGAGGCCUGUCAGAAAUGAGAAAGAAGAAGUAGCUCUUUCGCCCUUCUUCUGGUUGAGAGAUGAAAAAGAUGGGGAAAAGUCAAGUCAGGACACCGUUGGGGGUAAAGUCAGCGAUACACCAACACCAAAUCUUCCUUCAUUCAGUGAUCUCAGGGACUCUGACGAUGAAAACUCUUCUAAAGCGACUCCAUCAGUUGAUGUACAAGAUACAAAUUUCGUUGAUUUAUUUGAUAGUGAGAUGUUUGAAUGGACACAAAGGCCUUGCUCCCCUGAAUUAUGCUCAAGUCCCUUCAGGAUGCAGGUUGAAGAUACUGGUGAGGUUGAUGAAAAUCAAGUGAAGGAUUAUGUACCUGAUUCCCUGGAACUUGAAGCAAAUAAAUUAGGUGCUGAUAAUACAGAAUUUGAGAGUUUGAAACAAGGAAAUGAUUUGAACACGAAGACACCUGGGGCGGCUUCUCUUCAAAAGAAAUCAAGAAAGAGAGGCAGGAAGGCAACCGAAAAGCCCCAGAAAGAGCAGACUGAAAAAAAUGGAGCCUCUGUUAAUGGAACUGACUUCAUUCCAGAGCGAUUACCAAAAGUCAGUCACGAGCAAACAUGGGACAAUAAACGUGAUUCUUCAAAUCAGGGGAGGACGAAUAGAAGAGGUAAACAAGAACAUGAGAAGAAUUAUAAUGUGAAAAAUUCUAAGAAAAGCCAGGGGAGAAGGGCCGGGAAACAAAAGCUGGAUAAUUUACAAAAGAUAGUUGAAGACCCAUCUUCAAUGCAAAACCGUAACAACGAGCAUGCUGGUCAUCAGUUAUCAAGUCUCCAGAUGGAUAAUAAUGGAAAGCCGUUCAGUAGCAGGCAAAUAGAAAUUAGUUCUGGCAGAAAAUCCAAUUCCUGCAACAGAGGAUUGAGGAAUAAUAAAAGGUUAAAAGUUUCAUCUGAUUGCAUCUCCCAGCAAGCACAUGAUGAAGAAACUCAGCCUACCGAGAGGAUUCAUCAACACCCUGAAAGUGGGGUUUUGAGUGAAUCAUUUAAAGAGAAACACCAUCCUGGGACUGAUGUGGUUUUACGGAAAUGUGAGACCCAUAUCAAGAAGUUCCAAUGCGCUUUCUGUCUGUCAUCAGAAGAAUCAGAGGCUUCUGGCCAGAUGGUGCAUUACUAUAAGGGCAAGCCUGUUGCUGCAGAUCAUGAAGGAGGAUCAAAAGUCAUACAUUCUCACAGGAAUUGCACUGAAUGGGCCCCCAAUGUAUAUUUUGAAGAUGAUAUUGCAAUUAAUCUUGAGGCUGAAACAAGCAGAAGUCGAAGAAUUAAAUGUAGUUUUUGUGGACUUAAGGGGGCGGCACUAGGUUGUUUUGAAAAAACUUGCCGCAGGAGCUUCCAUGUUACCUGUGCCAAGUAUACUUCUCAGUGUCGAUGGGAUAUGGAUAACUUUGUGAUGCUCUGUCCUCCGCAUGCUUCUUUGAAGUUGCCUUGUGAUAGUACAGGAACGCAAAACAGAAGCAAGAAAUGCACAGCUAGAGAUUUUGUCGGGCGAGGAAAUCAGCGCAACACUGCUGGCAAGAAUGACACUGCCCAAAAUCUGAAUGCUCGUGGGUCAUAUAAGAAAGUUGUUCUCUGUUGUUCAGCUUUAUCUGGUCCAGAGAGGGAUGUUGUUUCUGAAUUUGAAAGAGGUGCCAAGGUAACAGUUUUGAAAAAGUGGGAUGCAAGUGUGACCCAUGUGAUAGCAUCAACAGAUGAAAAUGGGGCAUGCAAAAGAACCCUCAAAGUACUGCUGGGUAUCCUCGAGGGAAAAUGGAUUCUCAAUGUGGAAUGGAUUAAAGCAUCCAUGCAAGCAAUGGAACCUGUUGAUGAGGAGCGUUAUGAAAUUAAUGUGGACAUCCAUGGAAUCCAGGAUGGCCCUCGUCUCGGACGACUGAGAGUAUUGAAUAAGCAACCAAAGCUUUUUGAUGGCUACAAGUUUUAUUUUAUGGGUGAUUUUAUGCCAUCGUAUAAGGGUUACCUACAGGACCUUGUCACGGCUGCUGGAGGGAUCUUUCUGCACAGAAAACCAUUAUGUCGUGACCAAAAAGCAUCAUUAUCACCCGAUAUGCAUCCACCCCAAACCUUCAUUAUUUACAGCCUCGAACUUCCUGAAAAAUUUGGUCCCCUAAAAAGGGAAACAAUUCUCAGUCAAAGGCGAAAUGAUGCGGAGGCUUUGGCAAGGUCAACUGGUUCAAAAGCGGCGAGUAAUACAUGGAUUUUAAAUUCUAUUGCAGCCUGCAGGUUGCAAAGCCUUGUUGAAUAAAAUAUACAUACUUCCAAACUCUGAUUCGUGUACAUAUCCCUAUCGUUCCCUUUUUAUUAAUCGUUGUUUCUGUUCAAACGUGGGUAGAAAAGAGCAGCGAACUAUUUGUAAAACAAACUUUCAAAUUUUAUGUUUGUUGGGAGAUUGGAAUUAUAGUGGAUUGUCGCAUCAUGGAAUGAAUUCAUACCCUAUUCAUGUGCUUAAAUGUCCACUAUACUGAGACGUAAUAAAAUGGUGUUGAAGUCAA